CGGAGAUGACGUCAGGCGCGCCGCGGAGCUAACAUGGUGUCCGUGACUCUCGCCACGUCAGAGUGGAUUCAGUUUUUCAAAGAUGCCGGGAUUCCAGCAGGACCAGCUGUCAACUAUGCUGUCAGCUUUGUGGAUAACAGGAUACAGAAGAACAUGCUGAUGGACCUCACCAAAGACAUCAUGAACGAACUGGGCAUCACAGCUGUCGGGGAUAUUAUUGCCAUUCUAAAACAUGCCAAAGUGGUUUACAAGCAGGAACUUGCUAAGAUGGCUACAGAGUCAAUAAACCCCUCUCCUGGAAACGUACAGUUCGAAUUAAAAAGAACAACAGGCUCACCUGCCUCUCGGAUGAUUACCAACAGCCUGAGCAGAGAAUCCCCACCUUCAACUCCGCUUCGGAGGCCCGAAACAACCACUUCCAAAAUAUCCGUCACUGUGGCCAACAAGCUUGCCACAAAGAAAGCAGUUCUUUCCAGACCAGCUGACCCCGGCCCGGACAAUUCCGUAAAGCGACGGCGAGUGACUGCGGAAAUGGAAGGUAAAUACAUAAUCAAUAUGCCAAAAGGGACAACAGCAAAAACUAAGAAAAUCCUGGAACAACAAGCCACGAAAGGUUUGCCAAGGACGUCGGUCUUUGAUAGGCUUGGUGCUGAGACAAAGGCAGACACCACUACUGGGAGUAAGCCGACGGGAGUGUUCAGCCGCCUGGGCGAAGUUGUCAGUCAGAAGGAGAGCAGCGAUGAUGACGAGGCCGGUUCUGUGCUUCAGUACGUGGGGGUCUUGAAGAGGGCUCCGACCGCGUCCGCACAGGAGAGCCCCGCGCUUCCGCUCAUAACCAAGGAGAGAGCCAAAGCCUGCGCCACCACGAUCAGACGGCUGGCAGUCCCGAAAACUGGCAGUAGGACUGUGCCUGGCAAGGGUGUACAAACCACAGGUGUGGUCCCCACCACCCGCCUGCAGUCGGCGAGCCAGGCCAAGGUCAGCAUCAGGCAGAGGCUGGGGAAGCCCGCCUCCAUCGAGGCCGACACACAGGACAACAAAGUCAGCAGUACGAAAAGCCGCGGCAGCCCCGAGUUCACUGUGACCAUCAAGAACAUGGCACGGACUGCGGCCGGUACCAAAGUGACCAGCAGUACAGAGGGUCGCCUGGCUCAGAUGGACUCCACGGCCGCCGUCAGCGUGUUCGAACGGCUGGGCAAGAAACUGAAGUAACAAAAGAGAUACAGCUCAGUAGAAGGUUCUUCUGGCCCAAUGAGUCCAUGUCACCCAAUUACACCCUUGUCACCAAUUCACCUCCUUGGAAUGUGGGAGGAAACUGGAGCAGCCGUAGGGCACCCACACACUCACAGGGAAUGCACAAACUCCUGAUGGGCAGCAUUGGAAACUGAACGUGGGUAAUGCCUGAACUCCUCUGUCGUUGGAGAUUACUUGUCAGUGUGCUGUCUGUAGUGGAAGGUGAAUCUCAAGUUUAUAUACAGUACACUGUACAUGCUUUGAUAACACUGGACAACAAAGUUUUUUCGGAAGCGUUGCUUCCUCAGAAUUUUUUUUAAAUGAUAGACUACUUAAAGCUAAAACACAAAUAUAAUUUCAGACUACUUGUAUCAUGUAAGAUUUUGGAGAAACAAUAAAUUAACUUUUAUUGAAUAUAAAGUGUUUAAUUGCAUAACAGUGGUGACGCUUCGCAAUAGUUCAACUAAGCUAGAGAUGUUUUGCUGAUGAUUUUCAUUUGUACUCAGUGCCUGAGGCUUCUCGCUCAAGUGUCCAACAAUAAUCAGCCAGUAUUGAUGGAUUCCAGUUUCUCUGAUACCGUUUCUCCAUGACCACAGUGUCCUGGUGAAACCUUUCACCGUGCUCGUCACUAACAGCACCAAGAUUUGCAGGGAAGAAGUCCAAAUGGGAAUGCAGAAAAUGAAUCGUUAGUGACAUGUUGCACUUCAUGGUUUUGUGUGUUUGAAGCAUGUUGUCAACCAGCUGCAUGUAGUUUGAUGCUCUGUAGUUGCCAAGAAAACUUACAACAAAAUCCUUAAAUGCCUUCUGUGCGAUUUUCUCUGGUCCCACUAGAAAUUCUUCAAAAUGCCUGUCAUUGAUGACCUGUUUGAUUUAUGAACUAACAAAAACGCCUCCUUAAUCUUGACAUCAGUUAUUUUGACUUGAAUUAUUAAUUGAAAUAACAGAUAUGGGUGAUUUUUUAAAAAAUUGUGCCUGAUGUGGAAAUUUCAUGAUGAGUUUCUUGAUCAGAAGCCCAAAACUUCUUAAGGUACACCAUAAAGUGUGAGGGGUGAUUGAUAAGUUUGUGGCCUAAGGUAGAAGGAGUCAGUUUUACAAAACCUAGCACAUUUAUUUUUCAACG